GGCGUGAGGCCUCCCCACACGCUGCUCUAAAUUAAACCCCGCCGUUCCUCUCCUUUUCCUUCCCCCCCCACCUAACCACCCCACGCGAGAAAGUUCGUUCCUCACCCGCGGGAGAACGGCGGGAAAGAAACCGGGCCUCGCUUGGUUUUAUAUAGAACAAAGCCAUCGAGGUAAGGUAGGCCCAGGCUUUUUUUUUUUUUUUUUUUUUUAAAAAAAAAAUUCCCGUCAGCCCUUGCGGCGGCGGCAGCAGCGCGGUGGGCGUGUCCGCAGCGUCGUGUGGGCGGAGCCAAAGGCGGCGCAGCGACGGAGCUCGCGGCGGGAGAGGGCAGCGGAGGCGGGAAGCCGCACGGCGACGGGGAGCGAGCCCAACGGGGGAGCGGCAGCCCCACCAUGGCCGAGACGAAGGAUGCACACGAGGAGCAUGACUCAGCAACUGACAAUGCAGAUGAUUCUAACCACGACCCGCAGUUUGAGCCCAUCGUUUCUCUUCCUGAGCAAGAGAUCAAAACUCUGGAGGAAGAUGAGGAGGAGGUUUUCAAAAUGCGAGCAAAACUUUUCCGAUUCGCAUCAGAAAAUGACCUUCCAGAAUGGAAAGAACGUGGCACUGGGGAUGUAAAACUCCUGAAGCACAAAGAUAAGGGGACCAUCCGACUCUUAAUGAGGAGAGAUAAGACUCUUAAAAUCUGUGCAAACCAUUACAUCACACCUGUAAUGGAGUUGAAGCCCAACGCGGGGAGUGACCGGGCCUGGGUGUGGAACACACAUGCUGAUUUUGCAGAUGAGAGUCCUAAACCAGAGCUUCUGGCAAUUCGGUUUUUAAAUGCAGAAAAUGCACAGAAAUUCAAGGCAAAAUUCGAAGAAUGUAAGAGUGAAGUUGAUAAAAAGGGAAAGAAAGAAACAGACAAAAACGAUAGCGCUGAUAAAAUUGCUGAAAAAUUAGAAGACCUUUCUGUAAAGGACGAGUGCAAAGAAUCGGAGAAGAAAGAAGACAAGGAAAAGACUGAAGAAAAGCAAUAAAUCAUUUUGGGCCUUGUGUUUUUCUUAAUUUUUUUUUCUUUUCUUUUUUUUCUUAAUUUUUACAAGGGACUUUAUAAAGAACUGUAUUCUAAUGUUUUUUUUUUUUCUAAGCUUUUGCCCUUUUGGAAGAAUUCUCCAGGAAAAAAAAAAGAUCCAUUCCCCAGUCAUGAAAAUGUACUGUGCUAAAACUCGCUUUUCCAUAGUGGAAAUACUUAUUUAUAGUCAUCCAGGAGAGAGAACAAAUAAAGCUUUGGAAACGGUAUGAAAAAGGACAGGGUUUUCUAUAUACACUUCAGGUGUGGCUGCCCUUGUGACCUUGGGUUAUAUGUUUUGGGUGCCUAUUUUAGGUGAGGUGUAGUGUAACUGAAUUCUACUGAUUGGAGGGGAAAAAAAAGAGUAACAAAGAUGUUUUCUGAUGCAUUUGUGGCUGAAUGUUGCAAUGACUGAAAGGAGAAAUGUUAUGCUAAGGUUCCUUUUCUUGUAAUUGAGGUUUGAGUGACCUUAAGUGUUCUUGCGCAGAUUUAUUAGGAGAAAAACGGCAUGUCCCUUAGAAUCUAAUGUCAUCCCACAAUGGCCUAUGACGUAUUUCAAAAUAUUGCUGUUUCUUUUGGUCAUCCUUGGCAAGCCAGAAAGGCGGAAAUAAUAUCUUUUUUUAAUUAUUAUCAAAAGCGGGAGAUGUCCAGCGAAUGCGAUUUUUUUUUUAAAAGCCGUUUCGAAGGCCUUUCUCCUCUUCCCCCCCCCCCCCCUUGAAGAGCAAAAAUCUUUCUUUGCAAAUCUGGACAGGCUCUAAUGUGUAAAAAAGGGGGCAGAAAGUCCAAUUCCUUCUGUAUAACAAUUUUCAGUAUAAACUCCCAUGUAGGUAUGAAGACAAGUAAUAACAUUUUCUGUUGCUUUGCUGUCUCGAUUAUAGCGUUUUCAUAGUGUGUUCUGGGGAAACGGGGUGGGGUGGGAUUCACCUUUUUUUAAGAUAACUUUUUGGUUGUGAGAAAAAAUAAUCACCUUUCUUACUUAACGCCACCGGGGGUGUGGUGGGGAAGCACUGAUGUCUGCAUUUGCAUCCGUUAGUCGACAUGAUUCCCUCAUUUAACAAUAAACUUUUGGGUAACAAAAAAACGUUUUCGUUGUGGGCUCCCUCCUCAUUGUCACUGAUACUUCAAAGAAUAUCCUGUUUAAGAUUCACAGCCCAAGGACACCCCUAAGAGACCAAAAAUGUUCUGUAUGAUGAGCUUCUGCAUCUGUAACCGUGGGCUACGCUCACCCAACCUAGUAUGUUGUCGCUUUUCCAUCCUCGUGGCAAAAUGGAUUAAUAAUUGGUGUUUGGAAAUGGGGUGGGGGGGGAGAGAGAGUUUUUUUUUACUUAUAACUCAGGCUUUCUCGGUGUGUGUAUGUUCUGUAAACUGUAUUCCCUCCUUGGCCCAUUUCUCUUGACGGUAGAAAUCUCCCCCCAAAAGUAACACAGGUGGUCUGUCCUGCAUAUAAGUUGAGAGUGCCUGGUCUAGCUUCUUUCAAAAGAUUCAAGUUCUCCAUGUCAGCUUAUUCUGGUGUUCCUCAACCGUGGCAGCUUUCAUGAAGGUGUGCGGACUUCAGCUCCCAGAAUUCCCCAGUCAGCCUAUGGAAUUCUGGGAGUUGAAGUCCACACAUCUUCCGUGUUGCCAAACGUUGGCUUACAUGCUCGCAUUGAGAGUGUGGCUAUAAAACAUUCCUUUUCUCUUGUUUAAAACAACAUGCACAGUCGUCUUGUCAUUACUUUAAUUAAAACCUUUUGUUCAAUUAACAGCAGAACUGUUUGAACUCUUCCAUGAUCUUUUUCUGGAAUGUUUUAAGUAUUUCCUUGAUAGUCUGUCUCUCCCUCCCUCCCCCCAAUCAUCAUUACAUUUUUAUGGAUGUAUUAGUUUCUUCCUGUAGUAUUGUAAUUUUUUUAUUAUUAUUAUUAUUAUUAUUUUGCGUUAUUAUACUUUGACUAAGGCAUGACUGCAGGUAGGGAGAUGCAGAAAUACCUCAACCAGUCCCACGGACCUGUCAGUAUACCCAACAGUAAAAGUAAAAAGGGCAUUCCUUGAACGAUUAUUUUUCCAGACCGAAAUCACUAUAAAUGAUUUUAUCAAAAAAGAGGCACUGUGCACCCGGCUAACUUUGAAAUAAAUUUAAUCUUCAUCUUUU